UAGGGGGCGCUGCACCUCGCACGACCCGCCGGAGAUGCGCGCGCAGGGUGGGGUGGAACCCGCCAAGCAUUAUGGCGUCGUCUUUGCUGUUCCGCGCUUUCUCCCGGCUGCUGGCCCCCUCCAGGCUCCCGAGCGGCUCUUCACGGUCUAAGUUCUACGUCCGGGAGCCUCCCAAUGCCAAACCUGACUGGCUGAAAGUUGGGCUGACCUUGGGUACCUCGGUUUUCCUGUGGAUUUAUCUCAUCAAACAACAUAAUGAAGAUGUUUUGGAGUAUAAAAGAAGAAAUGGAUUGGAAUAAACUUUGGAAAUACUAAUAUAGUCUGCUCCAUGUAAGGAUCAUGGCAGGUCCUCUGGAUUCACCAAUCUUUUGAGCUGUGACUAUGAGAGAAGAGUUAUGUGUGAAUAUAUAUCCAGUGAGCAUGUGUGUUUUGCAUUAUUAAAUUAAAAAAAUAAAAAUGUUUCAAGUAUA